ACUCUGUCAAAAUUUAGUAAAAAUUUUAAGCAAUCAUGGCCGCCUCCUGUGACCAUAAAAUUUCUGGAUGAAGUUUUUGUUGUAUAGCAUUACGGUCUUUUUAAUUAAGAAAGCCAUUUUUUCCUUUUUUUAAUGGUGAGAUCUGCAGAUUCAGUCAUGUCUCAAGUGAGAAUAGAGGAUCUGUUCAAUGACUCCAGGUUUCCUUCUGGAGCUGGUGUAAUUGGGGUUGUUCUGUAUUUCCCUGUUGGAUUGCUGCUUGCUGUACUCAGAUUUUUCAUUGGAUUACAUACAUAUGUCAUAUCAUGUAUUCUUCCUAAGUCCAGCAUUAUUAGAAGCUGUGUUUUUCGAGUGAUGUAUGGUAUAUUGGGAAUUGUUGUCACUGUCACAAACCCAGAAAACAGGGACAAAAGGUGCAAAGUGAUUGUCACAAAUUUUGUCAGCUCCUUUGACAGAACAGCAGUGGAUUUGGUUUAUCCAGCAAUCAUGCCAAGUGUUUGGGAUCUUCCUCCAUUGCUGAAUUGGAUGCUUGGCUAUAGCAAUAUGGGAGUAAAACAAGGGAGGGAUAUACUCAUUCGCAAUGCUAAGAAACAUUUAUUGGAGUCAAACCUACCAGUGUUAGCUCAUCCUGAAGGUGCUUCUACCAAUGGUAAAGUAGGAAUGUUGAAAUUCAGUGUCUGGCCAUUUUCUUUAGAAGACCCUGUUCAGCCUAUUCUUAUCAGUGUUCAGAGGCCCAUUCCUAUUGCAGCUUCUGUUCUGGGUGGCAGAUGGUGGUUGGAUGUUUUCUGGUCUUUGUUUGUGCCAUACACGCACUUCAAAUUAAGAGUCCUCCCCACAAUGGAGGCACAGGAUGAGGAGAGUGUAGAGGACUUCACUAAAAGGGUGCAACAGGUGAUGGCCGAAGAACUCGGGAUCACGGCUACAAAUUUUUCCAGUGCUGAUAAAGUAGAAUAUGCUAAAAGGAAAUUGAUUGUUCAACCAGACUCUUCCACCAACAGUAGAAAAGCCACUGAUCAACAAAGUCAGUCAUCACAGGUUGCCCCUCCGUCUAGUCCUGGGGCUGACACCAGGCUCCACACCAUGGCUAUGCAAGUCAGAGAGGUUCUGCCACAUGUCCCUAUUGAAGUUAUCAAGAGAGAUUUAGGAACAACACGAGAUGUAGACACUACAAUAACUAACAUACUAGAAGGCAGAGUAAAGUAUGAGCCAGAGAGUGAGAGAACACAGAGUAGUUCUAGACCCCAGGUCAAACCAACCCCAGUCUCACCUUCCUCAAAUGCUGCUAAAUCAUUCUCACGCUCACCUCAGGAGAGGACAUUGUCCCUGAACGACAGGAAACAAGCCUUGUUAGAGAAUGCUAGGAGGAGGUAUCUACAGAAGAACAGCCAACAGCAGUGAACUGUGACAGCUAUUCUGUAAUCUAGAGAUGUACUACAUGUUAAAAGAUAUCCACUAACGUCUAGUGAACAGCACUGACAAGCUGUUCUCUCCUUUACUACACUUGAACAUGGCCAGUUUAAAAUGCUGAAAGUAUCAAAGUUACAGUGUGAGGUUUGACAAAAAGCAAUUUCGUUUCUUAAAUGUUGCCUGCUCAUACCCCCUCAUUGCACAUAAGACCUAGCUUAUACUUAAACGGAAAACUGAAGUAAAUCAGUUUGUAAGUGGAAUUUUCACAUUGCUGUGCCUGGUGCAGGGUGAUCAGUGAGACUGUUUCAAACCUGAAAGUGGGUUUUUGUUUAAAUAUGAAUUCUCCAUAACUGAAGACGAAUUAUUCAGUAUGUUUUAAUUGGUUAGUUCUUCAACAGUUGUAGUAUAGACGUGUCAGUUCAUUACAAACUGGUGAUUUGAAUGUUUCGCUGGGGUGCUACACUAAUGUCAUAGAGGAUUUUUGUGGUAAAAAAAUAACAAUGUGUUUUUACAGAGAAAAAAGAAAACAGGAAUGUAUUUUGAUAUUAUGUAAAUAAGUGAGUAAACUAUGUUAAAGUGAAGCUCAGGUCAAACAAAUAAAAAUGUCAGAUUGACAUUGAA